UGGCACGAACAAGCAGUCCAGUUUCUGAACCCCGAGAUGUUCCACCCGCGAACUCCUCAAGCCCUCGCCCUCGUCCCUGUGGUGGUGGUGGUGGCUCUGCUGGUGGCCGAGAGCCACAGCUUUCCUACACAGCAUGCCGCCCAGCAAAUCAUCAACAACGACUUUGGAGCAGCACAGCUAGGUUUAUCUAUAGUUAUAAACCAAAUGGCUUUGCUGAGGAUACUCAAUGAGUCUUCUAUUAUCAAUACAACACCCACAAGACACAAGACCUACAGAGUGUACAAGCACGCUGCUACACAUCCGCAAGCCGUUCAGGCUUGUCAGCAGCUGGGUGGUCGCCUUGCUCUCCCCACGAAUAAAGAGGAGGACGAGAAGAUAACUCAGCUCAUCGGUGUCACUUUUAACACCAGAGGAUGGACUACAUACUGGAUCAGCGGCACAGAUCAAGACGAGGAAGGAAAGUGGAUUGAUAUUGUCACAGGUCAACCUUUACGUUACACCAACUUCAAACCUGGUCAACCCGACAACGGUAGUGGUACAGAGCACUGUGCGCACAAAUCCGGUAACUUUCCUGGGUGGAACGACGAUCAGUGCGCAAACGCUGGACAAGGUUACGUGUGUGAGUUUAUGGACGUGUAGCAUGUGGAGUUACUUCAACAAAAAAAAAAAUAAAGAAAGAAAGAAAGAAAGAAAGAAAGAAAGAAGAAGAAGAAGAACAAGAACAAGAACAAGAAGAAGUAGUAGUCCUUUGCUUAAAUAUAAUCUAAAAAAUUCAUUAUGAACAGGAAUGCAGUCACAAAUAUAUAGAAAGAAAAAAUGAAAAAUCAAGGAAAGUCGUGUAAUAAAAGCCUUUUAUCAUAUUACUGAGUUACGAGACCAAACAUGGGAAUCUACAUUUAUUUAGCAACAGGUUCCUAGCCUUCUCUCUUCCAUGUUUCUCUAAUUAAACAUGACAUUGCUC